AGUCCUGGCCCUUGGCCCAACCUCCUGCUGCCCCCUGUCUGAGGGCCCAGGCCCCGCGUCUCCGCUUUGCCGUCCAGCCUGUCCUUGGUGUGGGGUGCUUGGAAGUGCAAGCACCCUCUCCGGCUCUUUGCCGGCCCCAAGGGUCGUUGUUUGCGGCGGUCCCCGGGCCCAGUCAUCGGCCCUCUUUUCCGGUGCCGGAACUAUCGUACUGGUGCCUUAGUUUCCCAGCCGGCAGGCGGAGUGAGGAGGAAGCGGAGGCGACACCGCUCUCACCACUGGGGAAAGGAAGGAGGCGGGCCCUGCGCGCAGCAUUUUGGGAACGAGUGGAAUUCUGGGAGCUGGGCCCGCCAUUCUCUUGAUUCACGCUUCCGCCGUAGCGGCUUUCGCCGUGCACCGAAGAGAAGGAAAAGUAGGCCAGAGCCGAGCUCUCUUCCUGCCAAGAUGUCUAUUGGUGUGCCAAUUAAAGUGCUGCACGAGGCCGAGGGCCACAUUGUGACAUGUGAGACGAACACCGGUGAGGUAUAUCGGGGGAAGCUCAUUGAAGCAGAGGACAACAUGAACUGCCAGAUGUCCAACAUCACAGUCACAUACAGAGAUGGCCGAGUGGCACAGCUGGAGCAGGUAUACAUCCGUGGCAGCAAAAUCCGCUUUCUGAUUUUGCCUGACAUGCUGAAGAAUGCACCCAUGUUAAAGAGCAUGAAAAAUAAAAACCAAGGCUCAGGGGCUGGCCGAGGAAAAGCUGCUAUUCUCAAGGCCCAAGUGGCUGCAAGAGGAAGAGAGGAUUCAAAAGAUAAUGGUGGCCUGGUGCAGUGGCUCACACCUAUAAUCCCAGCAGGCCGAGGCCAGCAGAUCGCUUGAGCCCAGGAGUUCAAGACCAGCCUGGGCAACAUGGCAAAACCCUGUCUCUACAAAAAAAUAUGAAAUUAGGUGGGCAUGGUGGUGUGCACCAGUAUUUCCAGCUACUCGGGGGUCUGAGGUGGGAGAAUCACCUGAGCCCGGGGAGGUUGAGGCUGCAGUGAGCCAUGAUUGUGCCAUUGCACUCCUGCCAGGGGGAGAGUGAGACCAUCUUAAAACAAGCAAACAAACAAAAAACCAUCAAGGAAUAGCAUGAAAACAUGUUCAUAUUGAGACAUGGCGGUAAAUACAAACAAAUCAGCCAAGAGUUGGAAAGACUAUCCUGAGGCAAGGAAAGUGAGGUGAAGGCAGGGUAGGAGGGCUACUGUUUUUCAUAAUAAACCUUACGGAACAAAUUGUUUUCAAUAUGCGUUAACUGAUUCUUCCCCCUAAGAUGCAGGAUAUAAAACAGUUUACAAAGCUACGUUAUUUAGGUUGAUCCCACCUUCACUUUUCAGGAUCUAGUUAGGGUUAUAGCCAGUUUCCACUAUAUGGAGAAUCUGCAAGGCUGGAGAUCCUGUACGGGUCCAGGGUGAACUACAUCAAAAGUCACUUUUGAGAUCAAGGAUGCAGUUCACUACUAUUAAGUAUAAUGUGUUAUUAUUCAAAGUACUGUUUACUGUAAAAGUAUGAUAAAUUAAUGGUUAUACUAAAAUAACAUAUUCUAGUACAGGGUCAAAAUAUGGCUUCAGGUCUACUUAAGAUAGAAUACUUAAGAUAAGAAUCACUUAUCUGGGGGACAAGGGAAUUGUUUAAAAUGCAGAUUCCUGGGCCCCACUCCAGGCGUGGGGCUUGCAGUCUUCAUUUCUAACAAGAUCCUUAGCUGCUGUUGAAAACCACUGCUUUCAUUUGUUUUGUUUUUUUUUAAGAGACAGGGCCUCGCUGUCAUCCAGGCUGGAGUGCAGUGGUGCAAUUACAGCUCACUGCAGCCUUAAUCUCCUGGCCUCACGUGGUCCUCCUGCCUCAACCUCCGGGGUAGCUGGGACUGCAGGCGUCAGCUGUACUAGGCUACUUUUCAAUUUUUUUAUAGAGAUGGGGUC